UCAAUUGGGUUUUGGGUUUUUGUUAUUUCUGGAAAUUUUCUGUUGAUUUUCUGGUUCUGUUUGUGUUAAUUUGGUGAAUGAAUUUAUGAGUUUUGUGUUUCUUGAUGUGGGUUUCUUGUUUUCGUUCUCAUUUCUGCUUUCGUCUUCAAUGCCCUCCACCUGUUUGAUGAAAGUCCGCAUAGAAUAAUUGUUUUGUGACUCCUCUGUUUGGUUGUGAUAAAAGAUGUCAGAAUCAUAGAUGAGGAGAGACAAGUGUAUCCGAGAGUAAAUAUUUGCACAUGGAGGCUAAUUGUUUUCUUUGUAUAGUUUUGAGGCCUUUGAAUCAUGUCGGAUAUAGUAAUGUUAAGCUUUUUGGGCUGUCAGUUUUUGGAAUGUACUGUCGUCACCAUGGAGCUUGAUAUGAUGGGAAUACCUUUUUCAAGUUAGAACCAUAUGUUUUUGGGGUAAUUUCUCCAAUGGUUUUGUAAAAAAAUCAAAGGGGCAUUCACUCAUCUCGUAUUCAUCAGGUGAUGGAAUCUGAAAAUGGAGUUAUUGAGAUGCCACAAGUGGAUAAUUCAGCUGUGGUUUUGACAAAUGAGGGUGAGAUUGUCGACGACAGUGGUCAAAAAGCUCCUGCUCUGAAUGAGAUUUUAGAACCAGUGGCAGAAACCGAACAUAUUAGUUCUUCCAAAACUAAGAUACAAGCCACUGCGACUGUUCCCAAGAGUAAAAGUGUAAAAGCUUCGAAGGAACCUGGAACAGCAGUAGGUUCUUCAAAGAAGAACAAACUGGCUAAGGAGAAACCAAGUUUAACAGGCCUUGCGCAGUCUCCUCGUCCAAACAGGCGAGCCCUCUCUCAGAGCCUUUCAUUUCCUGCAAGAGGGGGUGGUAGCGAUGUAAUGGACAAAAGCAUUGACAAAUAUCCAGUUAAAACAGCCACCAAGCGCACAGGGGAAAAUGGUAUUAAAUCAAGGACCCAAAUAUCUGACGGUUCUCAAUUGAAGAAUCCAUUAAACAGAGUGAUCUCUAAGGGAGUAAAUAAAAACACUGGCAAUAGUGCCCAAAGAUCAUCAUUGGCAUCUAUUUCUGGCCAUUGCUCCUCUGUUCCUAUGAAAAAUGCUAUGGUGAAUUCGACUAGCGAUUCGCCUCUGUCGGAAUCUGCUGUAUCUGUUGAACAGAAACCAAAACCAGGGAAAACAACAGUUCCCCCUUCAGAGGAUGAUGAUGCUCACUCCACUUCUUCAAGUGCCACUCCACAUGCAAGGAGAAACAGUUGUCCUGGUUUUGCUUUCAGGUUGGAUGAACGUGCUGAGAAAAGGAAGGAGUUCUUUUUGAAAUUAGAAGAGAAAAUCCAGGCAAAGGAAGUUGAGAUAACUAAUAUGCAGGCUAAAUCUAAGGAAAGCCAGCAAGCAGAGAUUAAGCAGCUGAGAAAGAGUAUGACAUUUAAAGCAACACCAAUGCCAAAUUUCUACAAGGAACCUCCUCCAAAGCCUGAUCUAAAGAAGAUACCAACCACCCGUCCAAUAUCUCCCAAACUGGGUAGAAAUAAGAGCUUGGCUACUGAAGUGGGCACCUCCGUUCACAGUCCAGGCCAAAACAGUGAACCGAGCAAUUCACCGAAGGCGUUCCAGGCUAAAUCCGAUAAAGAAAAUGUUAGUUUGAAGAAGGCAGCUAAGAAGCCUCAGACCAAGCUCCAGCCAAACGAUACCGAAGGAGCUUCCAUCAAGCCAAAGCCAAAGCCAAAGAUCAACAAACCCGAAAGACAGCACUCGAAUCCUGUCGUUGCAGGGACGACAAAACAGCAGGAUGUCCAGCCCAUUGACCGUCUUGAAUCAAAUGACUCAGGUCCUCCCAACAAGGAGGAACCAACAACCGCAGCCUCACCAGAGAUCAUGGCAGCUGAAAUUUCUGUUGGAGGCUAAGAACACUCAAAAGUUCUCACUUCCAAGACAUCAGAUUUAGAGGUUUGAAAUUUUUUAUGGUAAGUAUUGUGAAUAGAAUGUUUUAAAACUUUUUUACGUCAAAAUUAUAAAUUUGCAACAUAAGUAUUUGUUCUCUCCA